GUAAACACGGGUCCUUCAGCUCCGGCGCAUGUUUUGUAGUCCCCCGCUCAGAGCUGUCUGUGUCUCUGUGACACAAACCCCCCCGGUGUCUCACUCAAAUGCGAGCUGUGAUUGCCAGUGGAAAGUCUCAUAGCCCUUGGCCUUGGAAGACUAUGAAAAAUGCCAGUUUCAGGCUGCUCUAUCUGUGACUCACAACUUCAUGCCGGCCUGCUGCAAGAGGACAAUAAGGGACGCUUAAUCCACCUGUUAUCAGGUGGGCAUCUUGAUGUGGGUUCACGGCCUCUUUGCAUCCCUACUUUGAUUGCCCUGACCCAGGGAUGUCCCGUCCUGCUCCAUCCCCCUUCUACACCCUGAGGGGUGCUGGUGGGCCCCUCAACACCCUCCACUUUAGCUGCCAUGGAGGGGACUCUCCCCUCCUGUUUUCUGGGUCAGGGAAGGGUGCCAUCCAUAUCUGGAACCUGAACACAAGAAGGACUGAGAAGAUUGUAGAAGGCCAUGCUGGUAGCUCAGUCAUCUGGGUGAGCACACUGCAGGCAACAGACACCCUCAUCAGUCAGGGACGAGACAUGCAGGUCUGUCUGUGGGACCUGAGCGAAAGUCGCAGUGAGGUGGUGGACUCUGUGUGGACUGGCAGUGUUGGAUUCUGUCAGUGCUCCAUGCUGGAGACGAGCCCUAGGAACUACCUGCUGGCUUUUGCUGGACAACAAUCAGAGGAGAUCAAGAUUAUUGAGCUCCCCAGCAAGACUCCAGUCUGCACCCUAGUACCAGAUGCUAAGCUGGGGAUGGUCAUGUGUAUCAAACUAUGGCAGCCAGACUCCGGGCCUGGACCUCUCCUGUUGGCUGGAUAUGAGGACGGUUCUGUGCUGCUGUGGGAUGUAACCCAGAGGUCCAAACUGAGCCAAGCCAAAGCCCAUCCUGAGCCUGUCAUGUGCCUGACCUUUGACACCAAACGUCUGAGGGGCAUAUCAGGCUCCUCUGAGAAGAAACUCUCCUCCUGGAUAGUGGACAGACAGAACAACCUGCAGAUCCAGGAGUGUGUGACACUGGUCAACCCUGGGGUUUCUCAGCUGUGCAUCAGGGGGGAUGGUAAGCUUCUGGCGUCAGCAGGCUGGGACCAUCGGGUGCGGGUAUUCGGUUGGAAGAAGCUACGACCACUGGCGGUGCUUCAGUACCACACUGACAUGGUGCAAAGCGUUGCUUUCUCUGACCACCAGGACCCCAAAGAAAGACUGUUGGCUGCUGGAUCCAAGGACCAGCGGAUCAGCUUGUGGUCAAUAUACAACGAGGGGGCUGACACUGGCUGAGCUUUAAACUUUUAGUUAAUACUUUCUUGACCCUCAUCUGCCCCAAUGUUUGUGUGACCCAACUGUUGUCAGUGGCCAACAGUUUCAGCAAUGGUCUAGAGCAGUGAUUAGCUGUCUGGACAUAUGGACUGUGUAUAUUAUUUUUAAUUAUACUUGGGUCUUGAUAUUGAGAUCCUGCUCUGAUGUUGCCAUUUAGCAGCAAGUGAUGGACUGAAGCAACACACAGGGCCUAUAAAUACCAAUGGCUUGUUCAGUGAAUCAGUUAUUAAAUUACAUUUAUUUAUACAAA